GAAGAAGAGCCUGCUAUAUAUUUGUGAAGUUCCAGGCCGUGGUCGCCAACGUUUGCUCUUAUCAAUAUGCACAGAACAGUGUUGCGGCAUGAGAAGAUCACCCUUCAGAGAUGCCAGAGCUGUUGCUCUAAUUACCAUUGCCCGUUCUGCAGACCAAAAGUGUUCAAACCCGCCAUGGAACGUCACGUGGUGGAGAAUCAUGUCCGCAACCACUUAUCUUUGGCAGUACAGCAUGAAGAAUUCCUGAUUGUCAAGUGCAACUUGCAGUGUAGAGAACAGGCACAUUUUCACUGUUGUUAUUGCCCAAACACAGUUAUAAGGAAAGUCCAGAUUGUACAACAUUUAGCAUCAUGCAAAAAAAGACAAGUUCCACCUACAGAACCAGCCACUGAUGAGCCAGCUACAAUCAAUGAACCAGUUGUUCCCAGUGAACCAAUAGUUCCCAGUGCACCAGUUGACAUCAAUGAACCAGUUGUUCCCAGUGAACCAGUUGCCUUUAAAGAACCAGCUGUGGCUGAAAGAGUCCCCUUGCCUGUUAAAUCCCUGCUUGUUCCCCAAAAAUCGCGUAUUCAGAAAAAAGUGCAGUGCGGUCACUGUGGAAUAACCGUCAACAAGAAAAAUCUAGAUGUUCAUGUUAAAAGAAAACACACUGGUAAGAUCUGUGAUGUUACAGAAGAUCGUCACCUACCUUCACAGUGCAUCGACCCAGUGAGUGGUAUAUAUGCGGUUGAAAAGUCAUUUCGCAGACCAUGUUCUGUAAUCCACGUACAGAAAAAAAACUCAGGUCCACAUUCAGUUGUCGCAUGUGAAAUGGAUGAAUGCAUUUCCAAAUUAGAAUUUGCCGCUCGAAGUGGCUUUCAGCACUUUGAGUGUAUACAUUUGAAGUCACUGCAGUUCUGUCCAUGGCCCAACAGGAUACCAGUUGUCCUUGAUGAAGAUGUCCUGGCAGACAUGAUAGCCACAAAUGUGUUUGGGGAACAGACCAAGACAGCCUGCGUGGCUACAAAGGCAGCAGCAAGUGCGGCUGGUGUUCCACUGUCUGUUGAGUUGACUAUUGGAGGUCCUUCUACAAAGAAGUAUAUUUCUGUGUAUGAACCCAAAGUGUCAUACUACGGCAGACUUGGUAGAGUCAUUGCUUCCUAUGACAGCACUCGCAACACAUGGCAUUGUCCCUGUGCAAAGCCAAGAUCUUGUUUGCACAAAAACAUAGCCAGGUGGCAUCUUUUCCAGCUACACUGCCAGUUGUUUGUAUCAUCACCCAUCGACAGACCUGCACAGGGCCUAGCACAAGAACAUGCUUGUCAGGAAAGUACCAGAUUGGAAUAUCCCCCGCAGUGGUGAAGGUCUCAAACAGAUGGUGUAUUACCUGAUGAAAAACAAAACUCUGCCAGCCCGAACUCCCCCAGAAAUACAUCACAGGCUCAAUGACAAUCAAUGACAUUCCCAAAUACCUUGUGCCAAAAGAGACUGUUUGCUCUGAAUGUGGUCCUAAGUGAGCCAGUGUGAUUACUUCUAAAGGAAAGCUUAUAACAUACACUGGCGUUGUUGAGGGAUUUUUUACAUACUACCACAUGUGCAGCAGCUAUGGUCUAAAAUACCGUUAUCAAGAGUGGACUGAUGGUCUUCACAAUGUUGAUGAUCAUUUGCCGAUGUCAUUACACACGUGCAUUAUCCUGUGCCAUUCACUCCAGGUUUGAUAUUAUUGAAGGAAUGAAUUAUAUGGUGUUCUUUUAAAAUGUCUAUAUGCUCAGUAGCCCCUCGCUGCAGAACACAAGAUCCAGGGGGCGGGGUUAGAUCUCCUCACACUGCAUUUUGAUUGGACAUAUGGCAGAUUCACGUCAUACUUACUCGCGCUGUAAAAGUUGUGAAGUACUAUCGUUUCCGCAUCGAGUCGUAAAUAAAGUUAUUGUGACGGAAAAAACAAACUUGCUAAAACAUUUUUUUUAAAUAACGUUUUAAAUGCUUAGUUACAAACACUGUAGUUUGUACAAUGUGGGAAUGGGCACAGAUAAUUACGGGCAAUAACCAAAUAUUUUCAUUUGGAGAAACGUUUGCAUUAACUUCAAAACAUUCUGAGUCUGCCUACCAAAAUACAAAUAGAAUCUUACGUUUCUCCAUCCCUGAAAAUCCCGUAGUUUCUUGUUACAUGUGAGAAUAAAUAUUUCUUAAA